AUGAACGAUGCGACCACUUCCUUGCUCACUGAGCACCUCAGCUACACCCCUUUGUCGCUCAUAGAUGAUAUUAUCAACUCGAUCAACAAUCUGAUCUACCAGGCCAUCUCGAGCUUGGAAUCUGGUCUACUUGCCACACCGCCCGAGCGCCUGGGUUUCGCGCAUGCCAGCAAUGGUUCCACGAUCCCCGACACCGACGAAGAUGGCAAUGUGGUGUACCCCGAAGCAAAGCUAGAAAUUGAGAAUGGGCUGCACCAACUAGAGACAUUGCUGGAAGCAAAUGUUGACAAGGCAUUUGACAAAUUCGAAAUCUAUUUGCUGCGCAACAUCCUUACGGUACCCGAAGACCUGCUCUCUUGGGUGAGACUGAAGCAUUACGAGGGUCUCUCUUUCACUUCCACACCAGACACGCCCACUCCCGAGACCAUCCAUGCGCAGCGCAAAAAAUUACUUGAGACCCGAAAACUUAACCAGUCCUUGAAAACCGAAUGCGCUCGGAACGAGGCCGUCAUUUCUCAACUACAGUCUAUCCUGUCGACUGUAGACACGGCGAAAUCGGAGGGUGCGGCCGAGGAUGCGAAGGCGACUGCACGCGGACAACUCAGUUUGGCCUUCUUGACCUCCAGCCCAGCUGCGCGCCAGUUGCGUGUCGGUGUUGAUGCCGGAUCCAAUACCAAGCAUACGCCUCUUACUACAAAUACGACCUUCAUCCUCUCGCAACUGCCCGCAUUGCAAGCCACUCUUGAGCAGCUCCGGCCGAGAUUGGCGACCUUGCCUAGCGCUACGGUUGAAAUGGAGUCCAAAACUAAGAGAGAUGAACGGAAAGAAUACAUUGAGAGCCGGAUCAGACUUCACCUCGAGCGAGCAGGCCAACUGGCAAUGGGCAAUGAUGGCAACCCGGUUGUCGCGGGCCGUCGCAUUGACAUCUCCGAGGCGCAUGCCUUGGAGAACGUGGCCAAUAUGUUUACGCAAGGGCAAGACAAGUCCGUGUAA